AUUGUUAUGACGUAAAUUAUGCGUAACUCUGCAACCGGCGCAACCUAGCCUAUUUACAACGGUUUUUUUAAUUCCUUCUCAAAAAAUGUUUUUGUCAACUUUUGAGACAUAAAACCAUUCUAAUAAGUUUUUAUUAUAGUGACAGAAUUGUGUGAUAAUUAUAAUUUUCCUAUAAAUAUAUAGUCUCGCUUCACCAUGGAAACAAUGGAUGAGGUAAAUUCUAACGUUGAGAAAGGCCUCAUUAUUCGAGUUUAUAUGGAAAAUUUUGUCACAUAUGACAAGGCAGUUUUCAUACCAGGGAGAAAUUUAAAUUUGAUAAUUGGUCCCAAUGGUACUGGAAAAUCGACAAUUGUUUGUGCCAUAGUUUUGGGUUUAGCUGGAAAACCAAAAGUUAUUGGUCGAGCUGAAAAAAUUGCAGACUACGUGAAAGCAGGAUGUCAGGAGGCAAAAAUUGAAAUUGAAUUGUUUGAAUCUGAAAACAAAACACUUCUUAUUACGCGAAAAUUUACUUCGCACAAUACAACAACUUGGUUUAUCAAUGGAAAACAAGUGCCAAUAAAAGAAAUUUUAGCAAUUACUAAGCAACUGAACAUUCAGGUUGACAAUCUUUGUCAGUUCCUUCCACAGGAUAAGGUGCAAAGUUUUUCAGAAAUGGAUUCUAAAACAUUAUUAUUGGAAACAGAACGUUCUGUUGGAGAUCCACUUUUGCUGGAACGUCAUGAACAAUUGAUAGAGUAUCGAAAACAACUCAAAGAAAUAGAAGUUGAAGUCGCUAAUAAAAGUCGGUCAUUGGAAAAUAAAAUACAAAGAUAUGACGGUCUUAAAGAUAUUGUUGGAAGUAUUAAGGAAAAGAAAACUAUAAAAAAUAAAAUUACAAGUUUAAACCAAAAGAAAAUGUGGAUGUUGUAUGAUCAAUUGAGACAACAAUUUCAAGACUCAAAGAAACAAAGAGACGCUGCUGCAGUGCAAAUGAAGGAACUAGAUGAACAAUUAAAGCCGAUGAAUGGAAAAAUAGACAAAAUCAAAGCCCGCAUUAAUGUGAUACAAAAUUCAGUGAGAGACAAGACUAGUCAAUUCUCUGCAAGAAUGGCAAAAGUAAAUAGAGCUAAUGAAGAAAUUCAAUCUUGCGAAGAUAAUAUAAAAGAUAUCGAAGAUACUCGUGAUCGAAAAAUUGAACAAGAACAAGCUUGCGAUCAAACGAUUAGUGGUCUUCAACAACAGAAAAGUAAACUCGACAAUGAUUUACGUUCUAUACUUCAAGAAUUUGGUUCAGAGGAGGCUUUAGCGGAGCAACAAGUUCAGGCUUUACAUCUAGUUGAUAAACAGAGAAAAAUUAUCGAUAGUUUGAGCAAGAAUAUGACUACUUUAAAAUACAAAGACGAUCAGUUUAAUCGUGACCUUCGAAAUCUUGACAGAGAAUUACAAAUGGCACGAGCAGUUGAUGCUCAACGACUUGAAUUGCUUCGACAAAGAAAUCCAGAUGCAUAUAAAGGUGUUCUUUGGUUAAGGGAAAAUAAACACAUAUUUUCUGCUCCUGUACAUGAGCCAAUGUUUCUUAAUAUUAAUGUUAAAGAUCCAAAAUAUUCGAAAUAUUUAGAAAGUACAAUAAGCUACAAUGAUAUGAUUGCAUUUGUUUGUGAAAAUUCUGAGGAUAUGAAUUUAUUAGUGAAUUCAUUGAGAGGUCAACAAAAAUUAGUUGUCAAUGUUGUUCAUUCAGAUCCUAAUAGAAAUGUUCGAAUGAAUCCAAAUAUUCCAAUUGAAGAAAUUGGUCAUUUUGGUUUUGAACAUUAUUUAAUUUCACUUGUCGAAGCACCGCAGACAAUUAUGAAAUAUAUCGUUCAAAACUUUCACCUCGCUAAUAUUCCCGUUGGAUCGGAUAUUGUUGAAGAAAAUGUUGAUCGCAUUCCGGAUUCUUUGAGCUACUUUUUUAGCAAAUCCAAUAAUUUUUCCGUGAAUAGAUCAAAGUAUAGCGGUGAAAAGUCAGUACGUCAAAAUACAGUAUCGGGAAAUGGAAUGCUUUCAAUAACUAUGGAUACUGCAAAACUUAAUGGAAUUCAUAAUAGAAUAAAUCAAUUGAAACAAGACAAAGAGGAAGUUGCGGAAGAGAUUCGUGAAUUUGAAACUCAAAUUAGUCAUGCGAAUGGACAAUUGAUUGAAUAUCGUAAUAUUAGAACGAAUUAUCAACAAAAAAUUGGACAAAUUGAAACGUUAAGAUCAAAAAUUCGAAUGGCUGGGGAAAAUAUAAGAAAAUUACAGGAGAAUAGAAUAAGUAUUGAGGAAAUUCAAGCAAUGUACAAAUCUGAAAUUCAAGAUAUGAUUAAAACUCAAAUUUCUCUUUAUGAAAAAUUGAAUACCAUAUUGGAAGAUUGUUUUGUAUUUGAAAAAGUAAAUGGUCAAAGUAAACUUGAAUUGAAAAUAGAGCAACAAAAAUUGAGACAAUAUCAAAAUGAUUCACAAGAAUUACGCGAUAAAUGUGACAAUGCUGAAAGAAUAUUUAAAAAUCUUGAAGAAGAAUUGAGACCAUUGAAAAAUGAAGUUGAAAAUCUUUACAAACAAGCAUUAGAGAGUACAAAUAAAAUUAAUCCACAAGAUAAACGUUUUCAAAAAUUUAACACUGUUUUUGAAAAAUUACCAAAUUCAAUUGAAGAAAUUGAUGAAGAAUUAAGAACCGCUCAAGCAAAAGUAUUUUGUAUGGGAAAAAAUGAUGACAGUGAAAAUAUUUUAAAAGAAUUUGAAAGAAUAACAAAAGAAGUGGAGGAAUUAAAAAAAUAUGUGGAAAAUAAAACAAAAGAAUUGCAAACAUUAACGACAGAAACUGAAAAUCUUCGAAAUCAAUGGCUUCCAAUUUUGGAGCAACUUGUUGAUAGGAUAAAUGAUAAUUUUAGUAGAUAUUUUUCUGAGAUGAAAUGUGCUGGAGAAAUUUCUCUUACUCAUGAAGAAAAUAUUAUGGACUUUGAUAAAUAUGGAUUAAAGAUUAGAGUGAAAUUUCGAGAUGUUGAUCAAUUGCAAGAAUUGACUAGAACUCAUCAGAGUGGUGGUGAAAGAGCCGUAACUACAGCAGUUUAUAUGAUUUCAUUGCAGGAGUUAUCAACAGUUCCUUUUCGUUGUGUCGAUGAAAUAAAUCAGGGUAUGGAUGCUAUUAACGAAAGGCGAAUUUUUGAAUUAAUUGUCAAUAUUACUGGAAAAAGUAAUAGUUCUCAGUAUUUUUUACUUACGCCAAAGUUACUGCCUAAUCUCAAGUAUUCGGAUACUGUGACCGUUCAUUGCGUUUAUAAUGGACAAUUUAUGGUCUCCCAUGAAGAAUUCAGUGUAACUGAAUUUUGUCGUUCUCGUCAAAGAAAUUAACAAAAUAAUGCAAAUUUUACUUAACAUAAUCGAAGAUUUAAUAUUUUUAAAAAUUUAAGAUAAGAAGUUAGAAUAUAUAAAUAUAUUUUUGUUUAAA